AUAGUUCACGGUCAGUAUUGAGCACGAUCUGUUGUACAUUUAAUCGAAGCACAGUUGUAGACGACGGGUAUUGGCAGUACGGCGGGUAUUGACAGUACGGCGGGUAUUGCCGAUAUUUGACAAAGAUAAAGCGCAGAACAAGUCUACAAACAAUUUUGUUCUGAGUUCCGAUUUACCCGACCCAACAGUAUCUCCAAAAGUCGAUUCCAGGAGAAGAACGUCAAGACAGAGAAAUCAUGUUAGUGUUGGGGCUAGUGGAUAUUCCCAUAUGGGCCCAGCUCCUCAUUCUACUGGUUGGCAUGCUGAUAGCAUACGUUGUGUACAUGUCUUGGGAUUACAAUAUGUUUAAGAAGAUGGGCGUGGAUGGUCCAAAGCCUUCCUUUGUUGUUGGAAAUAUGGGGAUGUUCAUGUCAGAGGGCAUUGUCAAAGCUGAGCAGAACUUGUACACAAAGUAUGGGAAAAUAUUUGGGACGUUUGAAGGAAGGCUCCCCAACCUGUUUAUUGCUGACCCGAAGUUACUGAAAGAAAUUCUCGUGAAGGAUUUCAACAGUUUUGUCAAUAGGAGGGACUUCGAUCAGAUGGAUGGCCCACUUCGCGAUUCUCUGUUAUCAAUACAAGAUGACCAUUGGCGGUUUGUCAGAAACAUGAUCACACCAACCUUCAGUGGAAAAAAGUUGAAAGAGAUGGGACCACUAUUAAGACAAGCAGGAGACUUAUUGAUUGAAAUGUUAGAAGCAAAGGCAGCCAAAAAUGAGGACACAAGCUUGAAAGAAACGUUUGGUGCGUACACUAUUGAUUGCAUUGCCAGAACAGCGUUUGGUUUGGAGAUUAAUACUCAGAGAGACCCAGAUGACCCAUUCAUAAAACAUUCGAAGGCAUUCACAGAAUCAACAAUCAUGGUAGUGCAAAUUAUGAUUAUCUUAUUUUUCCCGUUCCUGGCAUGGCUGCCUCGCCUUUUCCAAUCCAUGGGAAUCAAUCUGAACAAAAAUGCUACAAAUUUCUUCGUCUCCGUAACUGAAACGGCUUUGAAAGAAAGACGGCAGAAUCCAGGGAACCAUGCAGAUUUCUUAGAACUCAUGGCACACUCUCAAGCAGCAAAUGAAGAGUCUUCUAAGACGGAAGGGGUUACUGCAAGCCCAGGGUCAUCCAGGAAAACGCUGACAGACGCGGAGAUCAGGUCUCAGGCACUUCUGUUUUUCCUUGCGGGGUAUGAUACAACAUCUAACAGCCUGAUGUUUACUUUCUACCACCUGGCAAUCCACACAGACGUCUGUGAUAGGGUGAUGCAGGAAGUCGAUGAUAACUUGGGAAAGGAAAACCCCGAUUAUGAUAACAUCAAAAAACUUACUUAUAUGGAAAUGGUGAUCGAGGAAACUAUGAGAAUCUUUCCUGCAGCAUCCAGAAUUGACCGAAUAGCCAGUCGAGAUGUCACUAUUGGAAAUGUCGAAAUCCCUAAAGGCAUGAUUGUGAACAUCCCAGUAGGCGCCAUACAGAUGGACCCCGAAUACUGGCCUGACCCAGACAAGUUUGACCCUGAAAGGUUUACUCCUGAGGCCAAGGCUAAUAGGGACCCCUACACUUAUCUUCCAUUCGGAGCAGGCCCCCGAAACUGUAUCGGUGUUCGACUUGCUAUGAUGGAACAAAAGAUGUGCAUGGCUCAGGUCCUACAACACUUUAGGCCAGUCCGGAGUGAAAGGACAGAUUGCCCACCAAAGAUAAGUAAGCUUGGAAACACGGUGACUGAUGGAGGUCUGUGGAUCAAGUUUGAGAAGAGGAGCUAAGCUAAUACUGUCUGAACUCUGAUAUAGCCCCCAGUCUGUGCUUGUAUGUAAAUGAGAAGCAAACAACGACGAUAAAAGAUGUUGUAUACCUUUACUUUGUUGUAUUAAUGUUUUUUACUUGUUUGUCAUCAGAAAAUGUGCAUUGCAAAACAUAUGAGCACAUUAACUUCGGACUUGUUCUCCGGUAGGGCCAUAGUUUUGCUUAAUCGUUUCAGUAAAGAAAAACAUGUCAUGUGGGUAAUGUAUGGAAUAUGAUAAAAAAAAGUAAGACAAUGUUAGCUGCAGAAAUUAAAGAAACAGUGUUCCGAGUGUAAAAUUGCAACGGAGCAAGGUCUGGUCAGUAUUUCUGAAACCGUUCUCCUGCUGAAGUUUAUUCCGGUGAUUAAGGUCCUUCAUAAAAAAAUGCAUUUUGGCAAUGUACAUUUGACUUUUUGACCACGUCAUAUGAUUCAAGAAAGUUAAUUUUGAACACAUAAUCUACGCCUGAACCUGAGAGCGGUUUCAUGAAAACGGGCCCAGGAUUCGAACCCAGGGUUUUAGACAAGUUGUAUUGUCGGUAUAACCAACGAACCUACCUGGUCAAAGGCAGCACCCUAGCUCAGUCGCGCUACAAGUAUAUACACAACGAAAAUAAUGGGAGGUCACUGUAUUGACGAAAUACUGUGGUGGCACUCUAUGGUGUGUUGCUAGCAGUGGAACAUGGACCCUUAAUACCUUUUGGUCAACGUUGUAGUUCAGGACAGUCUGAAGUGUUGUCAAGUAAUUACUCUUUUGUGGCGGAAGGAUCCGGGUCCAAGUUUUUGUUAAUUCAACGGAACUGAACUGACGAUAAGGAUUUUAUUUAAUGUGAGUAAAGUCAUGUUUCCGUAGCUAGUAUGGGGUGUGUUCGACAUGCACUUUCCAAAUGUGUCAUCUUACCGGGUUAAUGUUACAAUCAACAAAAUCUGUUAUACUGCAAAACAUCACUAUGGUUCAUAUUGCAUUUUACAAAACACUUGUUAAUAGCGCAAUGUCAACCUGGUUAAGUGAAUUGUGUGGAUUCUAAUAAUUCAUUAAUACAUAUAUGUACCAGUGUACUCAUCACUUUACGGUUUAGGCACAGAACACUACAAAUUGAUGUAUGUUGUCUAUCCUUCAUCAGUAACAGUAUGUUUUAGUUUUGUAUUUGCACGAAGUGUAUGUAUGGUCAAAUUCCGCUCAUCACGUUGGUGUUUACAUCUCGUUCUAUAUAUCUUCUGUGUUUGAUUGAUAAUGGUUUCUCUAACAAUCAAUAGACGAACAUAUCUGUGAUUUUCUGUUUUGAAUAAAUUGACAUUUCACUUGCA